AUGACAAAAGACAUUCCAAUAAUAGAUUUUCAUUUGUACAAACAAGAUUUAAAAGAAUUUUCUGAAAAUAUUAAAAAAGCAAUUGAAAAUAUUGGUUUUUUUUACUUGAAAAAUCAUGGAAUUACUCUACAAGAAAUUUCAGAGAUGUUUGAAAAUUCAGAAAAAUUUUUUAAAUUGCCAUCAGAAGUUAAAAGUCUAUACAAUCAAAAAAACAAUUUUGGAUAUUCUUCUUUUAAACAUGAAAUUCUUGAUCCAAAUAAACAAACUUUGAAUGAUGGAAUAUUAACACAAGAAUUGCCUAAUAUCUUUAUGGAAAAUUUGGAAAAAAUUUAUAAAUUUGAAAAAAAAUGUCACAAUCUAUGUAUGAAUAUAUUGGAGGGACUUGCAAUCUCAUUAGAAAUACCUGAAUCAGAAGGCGGAAGAUUUUGGUUUAAAAGUAGACAUAGAUAUGAAAAGAAAUCAGGAAGUGUUUUAAGAGCGUUACAUUAUCCACCAUCAACUUUCUUCACCGAAAAUAUCAAAGAAAAAGAUACUAGAGCUGGAAGUCAUUCAGAUUAUGGAUCUUUAACACUGCUAUUUCAAAAAGAUGUUGGUGGUUUAGAAAUAUAUUUGAGUGAUAGUAAUGACAAUAGUGGUGAUGGAGAUAAUGGAGAAGAAGAAUCCAAGUGGAUUUCAGCUCCAAUUAUACCAGGAUGUAUAAUAAUUAAUAUUGGAGAUUUAAUGAACUUUUGGACAAAAGGUUUAUUAAAAUCUACAAAACAUCGUGUAGUAUUUAAAAACAAUACAAUGAAUACGGAUAGAUAUAGCAUCGCCUAUUUCCUUCAUCCUGAAGAUGAUACUCAUUUAGAUCCAAUUCCGAGUAGAUUUAUUGAUAAUUCCACUAUUUCUAAUACCGAUAAUGUUGAAGGAGGGAAGAGUGAAAGAGUGGGAAAUGAUAGUAGUAAGAAAAUGACAGCUGGAGACUAUUUAAAAUAUAAAUUAGAUAUGACUCAUUUUACUUAUUAA